CUGUUCAGCCGGCGUACCGCUCGCUCCGUCCGUCCGCCCCGUGUCCCGAGUUUCCUGAGCCCAGUGCGCGUGCGUGCAGUGUCUGUGUGCUGUGGAGGCGCUGCGCCUGGCGAUGCCCCACGUGCAGCUGUGUGGCAGGGGUGUUAGCACCUCGCGUUGAACGUGGCGAAAGUGAACCACAACACUGUGUUACCCAAGCCGCGUUAGUGACAGUGUCUUGUGCUGUGUGUGAAACGAGCGUCUGUGUGUGUGUGUGUGUGCGCGUGUGUGAUAAGAGCAAGGGCUGUGCCACCCCGGUGGUGACCUCUGGCUGCCUCUGGCGCGGCGAGUCGGUGACUCAUCGUUCGAGGAAGCGUCGACGCCACACACAAGGUGUGUACGACGCGGCUGCUUCCGCCCUCAGACCGAAGUCUUCGUGGAUUCGAGCAAGCUGGACCGCUAAAAGAGCAAUACUUGCAGGGCCAUGCGUCUGAAUCGCUACCCAGCCGGGGACGCCACCAUGUACGCGUCGUGCCCCGUGGUCGCGGACCCCCCGAACGGCUCUGCCUUGGGCCCUGCCUUGGGCUCGGCCCCCAGCACGGCGGCCAGCUCCAGGCCGCGCUCCCACAAGAAGGGGCGGCCGCCACCCCUCAGCCUGCACCCGCAGUACGAGUCCUGCCAGGACAUCAUGAGUCGCAGCCGCUUCUCGUCCGGAGGGUCGUGCGGUGACUGCGGCGCCGUGGACUCAGCGGGCUGCACCGACGCGUCCAGCAGCACGGGCGCCUCCAGCACCUCCAGCGGCAGUGACACGGACUACUGCAGCGCGGCGCAGCUCCAGCGAGCGGCCACGGUGACGGUGGCGUCCACGGAGCCCCUCCCCGUCGACCUGGAGGACAGCGGCGACUGGCUGUCCAGCCUGCCCGUGUCCGAGCCCGAGCGCCAGCAGGUGGACAGUUUCUUCCGCGGCCUCAAGACCCAGGUGUUCGUGUGCGGGUCGCUGACCAACCUCUACCUGGGCUCCACGGCGCAGGAGGGCGCCUGGGAGCUGCGCUACACCGGCAUCCCCGUCGUGCUGCUGGACACCGGCGAGGCCAGGGCGCGCAACAAGCGGCGCAUCCAGAUCCUCCUGGCGGAGCGGGGCUCCUGCUUCACGCUGUGGCAGGACACGAUCGACAACCUGUCCUCGUACCGGGAGGCCGGCCCCGCCUUCCACACCAUGUGCCUGUCCAGCGACCACUCCACCCUGGUGGGGCUGAGCUUCGACUGCCCGCAGGCGGCCCAGCAGCUCUGGGACCACAUCGAGCGGCUCACGUCGUGCCCGGAGAACAUCAGCCUGUCCGGCCCGGGCGCCAGGGGCCGCGGACGCAAGUCGCCCAGGAAGCCCCCCAAGGCCAAGCCCGUGCCCCUGCCCAGCAAGGCGCACAUCUCGCAGCCCUGCUGCUUCCAGCACGUGACCAGUGUGGACCGCAAGGACCGCGACCGGUACUUCUCGCUGCAGACGCUCGUCCCCGCGCUGGCCGAGAUCGAGAAGGCCAAGGUCGUGCCCAACGCGUCAUAGGCGUCCGUCCGUCGGCGAACUCCGCUUGGCGUGGCCGAGUCGAUGACGUCACCGUCGAGGCCGUGUCCGAGGCCGGGGUGUUGGAGGCAGGCAACACGCCCCGCAUCGCAUCUGUGAUACUCAGCACGUGUGCCGACUACACUGCCAGUAGUCGUGCUCACCUCGUCUGUUUUCUUUUUACUGUUUUUGUUUUCAUUUGAACCCGUUGAUUUGAGUGUACAUGUUUUAUUUUUGUAUGGACUUGUUUUAUGCGUUUUCGAAGAGGCGGUUGCGUUUUGCACGGUUUGCGAUCUGGUGGCGCCUGGCCGGUCAGUGCACCGUAAGGGUCUGGCGCGGUGGAGACAGGCAGAGGACGUUGGGGUGUCGCCUCGCCUUGUCGCACCUCCGACGCUCCUCCAGGGCUAUCGCACAGCCUAUCUCUCUCUGAGUCAUGCCACCGGAUACAGGCUUAUCUGCUCCACCCACCGUGCAGUGUUAAUAACCUCUUUGCUGAAUCGGGCCGUCCAUUGAUUCUGUCACCGAAUCGAACCGGUUCGCCAUGAGCCAACUGGACGAAAGUUUCAACUUGAGGUGUCUGUGUCUCCAAAACGGUGACCGUUGGGAGCGUCAUGCGUGAGGAAAAUUUGUUUUUGAAUCCGGUUUACUAUUCUAAGAACAGCGCACUUGAUACUCACCGUUUUCAAGAUAGGAAUACUUCAGAUUUCGAUUUUUGUUAAGUUGGCUGCACUGGCGCGGCAUGACUGGCUGGGGUUCCCCUGGACGCCAGAUUCAGCCUUAUAUCGUCAUCGAAAACUGUCGGUCACAUCGGGCUUGAACUCUGAAUCGUGAACUCGUAUCUUCGGAAAGCAUUAUUGAGACUGUAACUUCUAUGUUUAGAUUCGGUAGGUUGGUAAGUCUAGGUUUUAUUUUCUUCUGAAGUCUAUAUUGAAGCACUAGUCAUUUGUCAUACUGUGAGAAGACAGUCUCAUGUGAGAUGUAAAUAUAUCUGUAGUUAGACACAUCGGAGCCCCCAUCAAGUGCUACUAACAUAACUUUGUGUAAUUUUAUUGAGACAUAUUUUGAUUUUUCUGGAAUGUUUUUCCAUGUUUUCUUCGUCUGUUUUUAUCUGUCAUGGACAUUUAUAUCAGGAAAGCUGCUGAAUUCAUCUUGUUUACAGAGUACUGAAUAUAUUUUAUAGUGUACAUUGUAUAUUUUAUCUUUACCAUAUGUCAUCUGGCUGAUAUUGUAUUAAGUUCUUUUUAUCAUAAAUAAUGAAAUAUUUUCUAAA